AACAACUGUGCUCCCUGGGGCCCCAAGGCCCCAGCCCCUGUCAAAAGCACUGUACACUGUCACUUUCAUACACUUGUUUUGAUUUUUUCUUAAUUUUGUACCUACUAUGGACAACCUAUCGUAUCAGUAAAACUUAAACGUGCUUUUUUUUUAGGAAAUUGAGGCGAAACUCAUUAUUAUUUAGACAUACCUGAUAAUAGAUUUUGAUUGAACGAUGUUUGGCUACCUGUCAGCGUUUGUCCUAAAUUUGUAUAAUUUUUAAAAUGAAUUCAUUUUCACAGAAUAACAGAAUAUGAAUGUUAUAAGUAUAUAAUAACAUUAAUUUUACUAUUUCUUGAGGAUAAAUUAUUAUAGCUUAAGACAUGCUAUUAAGAAAGGUGUUUAGCGGUAGCAUAAGCACUAGUAGGGUUAUGCAUUUGCGUUUUAUUUCACAAAGUGAGAACAUUGUCAUAUUUUGCAACCAUCUAGGUAUAAGUAAAGAAAAGGUACAGUACAUCCAGAUUAAACAACCAUACUUAAAGAAAAUAAAUGAAGAUGAAGUUAAAAAUAUGAUCAAUGCCGUUCAUGAAAUUGGCUAUCCUAAAGAUGUGUUGGUGAACUAUCCCAACCUCUUCUCUAUGCUACCAAUUACCUUAAUGAAUAGAUACAAAGUUUUAGAAGAAUGUGGAUUUCAAAAUAUCAGACCUGAUCAACUCUUAUCUUAUUUAACAAUAAUGAAACAGAAAACAAUUGGUGAAUUAAAACAGUCAGGUGUUCUACCACCCAUGUUAAACUUAGAAAAUAAACUAGCAAGCUGUAUGACUCAGUGGCCCACUUCUUUAACAAGUCUUAUUUAUGAAGAUGUAAAUUUAAUAACAUUGUAUGAGUUACGCAUCAAAAUUAUUCAAAGGUAUCUUGAAUUAAUGCUGGACCUCAGCAAUGAGGAGUUUGAUAGGGGUCUGAAAACUUAUCCCACAAUAAAACAUCGGCCAUUGCAAGCUAUAAAUGAGAUACUAGUCAUUUUACAAUCGCAGAUGGCAAUUCCCAAUGAUAAAAUAAAGUCUAAUUUGUACUUGAUACAUGUUGAUCCAGAUAAUCUUAAGAAGAUAUUGUAUGAUAUUCGAACAUUAGGUGGAAUUGAUGUGAAGGAAGUGAUACGGAUGUAUCCAAAGAUAGCUACAAAAAAUUAUUCAACUUUGUUUGAGAUAAAGAAAGUUCUGGAGAAACAUGGCUUGAAACCAGAAGCACAGGCUCGUUGUCUUCAAAUAUUUACACUCAGUCCAAAGACUGUUGAUGAAAGGAUAGAACAUGCAAAAACUACACCUGAAUUUAGCAUUUACAUAAAUCAUCCCAGAUUUUUGAAAAUGAUAUAUUUUAACAAAACAGUAUUGAAGAGGAUGAUAGAUUUACAAAACAAUAACAAAAAAUGUCUUAGUCUCAAUAUAUUAUCAGGUAGCUCUGCACGGUAUGAAUUAUUUGAAAAGGCCCCAGGAGAUAGAUUAGGAAAAGGAAAAGAUCUGAUAUUUACAAUCAGUCAGCUAAUGGAAAAUAAAUAUUCAAAGAGAGAAAUACGAAAUACAUUAAGAAGGCACCCAUUUUGGAUAAAUAUACCUCUGAUUGAAGUAAAAUAUGCUUAUGAUAAAUUAUCAAAACAAUUUUCAAAGCAAGAUAUCUUUGAAAAUUGUGCUAUUCUUCUAUAUCCUUGGUACAAAAUAAAUGAAGCUCUAGGAAUAAUCAAUGGUGCAAGCAGUAUAAAUAGUGAAUAUUAUUUGAAAGAGCACUUAAACUUAUCAAGUCUUACAAAGUCCCAAAAGUUGAGUUUAGUUCUGUACAUUGUUGAAAAAAAACAUUACUUCAGUGGUAAUGGUGUUUGGACUGAAGAACAGAAGAAGAAUAUAGCUCAUCUAACAGAUUCUAAGAUGGGAAAAGAUGUUCAACUACAAAUAUAAAUUU